GCAGGUAUGUAUAUGAUGUUUACUAAUAAUCCUCUCUUGCCUAAUAGUUUCCUGGCAACGCGGUUCUUACAUGCUCUGGGGAAUAUAUAAAGGGGCCGGUUAAUUUCGACCUUCUCUGUUAGCAACUUCAAAAGAGCUUUCCUAGUCUAGAAGAUGCGAGUCUCCGUGUUGGCAAGCCUGGUGCUGGUGGUGUCCCUGGUGGCACUCUUCGCCCCGCAGUGCCAGGCUCAAGGGUGGGAGGCUGUGGCAGCGGCCGUCGCCAGCAAGAUUGUUGGGCUGUGGAGGAACGAGAAAACCGAACUCCUCGGCCACGAAUGCAACUUCACCGUCCAGCCUUACAUUAAGAGGGUCCAGUUGUACUACAAGGGGAGGAUGUGGUGCCCAGGCUGGACGGCCAUCAGAGGAGAAGCCAGCACACGCAGUCGGUCCGGGGUGGCUGGAAGGACAGCCAAAGACUUCGUCCGGAAAGCUUUCCAGCAAGGACUCAUCUCUCAGCAGCAGGCCAACCAGUGGCUUAACUCAUAGGCCCUGUGCUCUAUGAAGAGUUACAAUUUUGAUCUCUUGUGUGCAGGCAUUCAUUAUGUUAAAUUUUUGCUGUACACAAAAUACUAUAUCAAAAACUUGUUAUAAUCUGUCUUAGAAGGAUUCUUAGACUCUGCUGUCAUUAACUUACAGUAAAUUCUUUGGAAUGUGACUGAUAUUAGUAAACAACUUUAAAAAAUCGUAUUUUAUGAUACCGAGUCUCAUUGAUGUCAAGAAAAGUAAUUUUGGAAAAUAAAAGAAAAUGGAAUUUCGAUAAUAGA